CUAUUUGUGACAUGGCAGAGUAUGCAACAGCUGGAUUUUUUUUAUUUUUUUUAAUCUGUACAGGAAAUUCUUCACCAGCAUGAUGAAAUUCACCAUAUUCCUGAUCUUUGCUGUGGUGUUUCCUGCAAAAUAUGCAAGUCCUCAGUCAUGUGUUAUCGAUACUCUGAUUGAUGGGAAGAUCCAGGCAGCAAUUGAUUCCAAAGUGCACUCAAUUCUAGCAAAGAGACGGCUGAUUUGCACAACCGCAUUUUCUCAUGGUGCUAAUGCCUACUGUCCUUCAGGGUACCUGGCCACUGGAUGUGCCUGUGGAAUGGCUUGUGGUUCCUGGGAUAUACGUGGCGAUGCUACCUGUCACUGCCAGUGUGCCAACAUUGACUGGACUUCUGCCCGGUGCUGCAAAGUGGCCAUUGUUGGCUGAUUUCUCCCCAGCUCCCUGUUGACUCCAGCUUCUAUGCUCAAUAAACUCGCUUCUAUGAUUUUAUGAACAUUCUUGUGGAUUAGUUUGUUUGUUUUUAAUGUAUCUGGAGUGGCAGCUGUUGAGAGAUGUCAGAAAUCCAUCUUCUUCUACUUC